UCCCAAGGUGCCGCGGGGCGCAGCGGGCUGGGAGCCGGUGGAGGGCGGGGGGUACGAACGGGAACCCCGGCGGUGCCCGGGGGAUGCUCAGGUGAGCUCCCAGGUUCCUGGUGACAUGAGCAGCAGAGCACGAGCCGCAGGUGUUGGCUGAGCUGGGCAAGGUGCACAGGGCUCCUGGCAGCCCGCAGAUCCCCGAUUUCCCUGGGCAUGGAGGUGCCCUUUGUGCUGCUCCUGAGCCGGCUUGUGGCUGAAGUGGCUGGAAAAUCCCCAGAAAACUCAGUGCCGGGAGCCCCAGAGUGCUGUGAGGGGAGGUCAGACCCCAACGGCUCCUGCCCGCACUGCAGCCCAGGCUGCUACCGGCGCUGGAACGAGGACGGGAGCGGCGGCGGCUGCGUCCGGUGCCGGAACCAGAGCCUGGGGCAGCCCCUCGGUGACUGUGGCAGUGGGGGCCCUGAGGUCGCGGCUUCGCUGAUUUUGGGGACGUUUUUCCUCAGUUUGUUCCUGAUCCUUUCUGUGGCUUCUUUCUUCUACCUCAAAAGAGCAAACAAACUCCCAAAGGUUUUCUACAGGAGGAACAAAGCAUCUGUUCUGCAGCCUAGUGAAACAGCAUCCAUGAUCCCUCCUCCUGCUUCUUCAGUGCGGAAGCCGCGCUACGUCCGCCGCGAGCGCUCGCUGGGCCCGGCCGAGAGCCGGGUCAGCAACGUCUGAGCCCAGCUGGAGAUCCCGGAGAUCCCGAUCCUGGAAAUCCUGAUCCUGGGAAAUCCCAGCCCCAGGAGAUCCCGGGAGAUCCUGAUCCCAGGAGAUCCCAAUCCCAGAAAAUCCCGAUCCCAGGAAAUCCCAAUCCCGGGAAAUCCCGAUCCUGGAAAUCCCGAGGAUUCCUCAUGGAUUUGGGGGAUUUUCCCUGUUGGGGGAGAAUUCCUGAGGGAUCUGGGGGAUUUUUGGUGUUGGGGAGAAUUCAUGAGGGAUUUGGGGACUUUCCUUGGGAUGUGACCCCAAAAUCCUGGGAUUUGGGAUGUGGAUCCAUUCCGGGCUGGCAAAGGGAUCCUCUCAAGCCCCACUGCUUUAAGCUGGGACGGCAAUUAAUUAUGCUAAUUAAAAAUGAUAAUGAAUUAUCCUAAUUAAUAAUGCUAAUCAUGCUGAUUAACGAUGAAUAAUUAAAUAUUUCAACAAUGAAGAUGCAGAAUCCUUUGGAAGCAAAUCCCAGAUCCCGCUGGGAGCGUUUUGGGAUAAUCCAGGCCUGAUCCCAAAGCUUGGGGUUUUUUUGGGGAUUUUUUGGGAAUUUUUCCAGCUCAAUCCUUGGAUUCGGGGUUCUCCAAGGGAUAAUCCAUUCCUGGUGGAAUUGGGAAUUCCUGCUUUUGAGAUUUUUGGGAUGAGCCACAGGGAUCGGGACAACUCCUGCCAGUGGAAAAAUGGGAUUUUGGCUUUGGGAAAUCCCUGGAAUUCAAGCUCCAGAGGCAUUCCCAAAUUCCAGAGGCAUUCCCAAAUUCCAGGCACCAGCCUCAACUUCUCCCCUGGAGCUUGAUUCUACUGGAGGGAUUUUAGGAAUUUCAAACAGCUGGAAAAGGAAUUUUUUCCUGGCUGGGUCUCCCUGCUGCUGCUUUUCCUGCAGCCGGAGGGUCCCAAAUCCAUGGAAAAGUCACUGCCACCCCCUGGAAUUCCAGCUUUUCCUCCUGGCUGGGCUGGCUCUGGGAUCCAUCCCAAAUCCCUGGAAUUUCUCUGUCACUCCCUGGAAUUCCAGCUUUUCCUUCUGGAUCCCAAAUCCAUGGAAAAGUCACUGUCACCCUCUGGAAAAUCCCAAAUCCAUCCCAAAUCCCUGUAAUUUCACUGGAAUUCCAGCUUUUCCUCCUGGAUCCCAAAUCCAUCCCAAAUCCCUGGAAUUCCUCUUUCCCCCUGGAAUUCCAGCUUUUUCCAGUAUUUUUUAUGGAAAAAUGAGCACAAACCUGGAUCUGCUCCAAACCCUCCGAGAGGAGAAUUGGGAUGGGCAGAAAUCCAUUUAUCCCAUGGAAUAAUCCCAUUUUUUCUGGGAAUUUUGGGGCAGCCAGAUUUGCUUCAAUCUCCUCAAAACCUGAUGAGAUUUUGGUGGAAUUUUCAGGGAUAAAGCCCAAAUCAUGGCAAGGUUCCCGUGCCAAAAAAUUCCAAAAUUUUCCUCUUUAUUAUGAUAAAUAAAAACUUUUUACUCCUGGCCAAGGAAUUCCAAAUGAAAUUUCCAAUUUUUUCGGAGAUUCCAGCUUGGAAUUUUGAUCAUUUCCAAUUUGCUGCUGCUGAGAUUUUUUGGGUUUUCCUUCCUAAUGAGGAAAUUUUUAUCCUGGAAUUCAGAAUUCCUGAGGAUUUUCCAAAUUCCCAAGGAUUUUCUGAAUUCCAAAGGGGAAAAAAAAAACAAAAAAAGGAGGAACUAUGCAAAUAAUUCCAAGGAAUUUUAGCUCUGGAGCUGGGAAUUCCUGUCCUGCUGAAUUGCUGAAAAUUUAAAUUAUUGAAGGAUCAGCUCCUCUUUCCGGCUCUUCUUGUCUGGGAUUUGUUGUAAUUGUCGAAAAAUGGGAUUUGGGUCAUGAAAAAUGGGAUUUGUGGAAUUAAAAAUCUAAAAUGGGUUUGGGGCUAAGGUUUGGUUUUAUGGGUUUGGUUUUGGGUUUGAGUUUUGUGGGUUUAAUUUUGGGAUUUAUGGGGUUGAGGUUUGGGGGUUUAGAUUUGGGGUUGGGGUUAAAGUUUGGGUUUAAUUUGGGGAUUUGUGGUUGAAUUUUGUGGGUUUGGUUUUUGUUUUAUGGCUUUAGUGUUGAGUUUUGGGGUUGGGUGUUUUGGGUUUAGUUUUGGGGUUAGAGUUGGGUUUGUGGGUUUGGGUUUGUGCUUGAGUUUGGUGGAUUUAGAUUUGGGUUUGGGGUUAACGUUUGGGUUUAAUUCGGGGUUUUGUGGUUGAAUUUCAUGGGUUUGGAUUUGGUUUUAUGGGUUUAGUGUUGGGUUUUGUAGGGUUAGUUUUGGGUUUAUGGUUGGGUUUUAUGGGGUUAGCGUUGGGUUUGGGACUGGGUUUAGUUUUGGGUUUGUGCUUGGGUUUUGUGUGUUUAAUUUUGGGUUUAGGUUUGGGUUUUGUGGGUUUAGUUUUGGGUUUGGGAUUGGGUUUUGUAGGUUUAGUUUGGGCUCGGAGUUGACCUUUGCUUUUAUGGGUUCAAUUUGGAAUUUUCAGGGUUUCUCCUUCCUUUUCACCGUCCGGUUCCCUCCCCAAAGCUUUGGGCUCAGCCUAGUAAAACUCAGUUUUAAACCUCGGUUUAACCCCAGCAUUGCCUGGAUUUGUGUCUUUGCAAAAAGUGCCAAAAUAAAGAGAUCUAAACUUUU